AUGUCUGCUCACAAAUUGAAAAUUGGCUGUGCCGGUCUUGGCCGCAUGGGCAAGCGCCAUGCCCUCAACUUCCUUGAACGUACUCCUCGAGCUGAACUCGUCGCUGCCAGCUCCCCGGACCUUGUUGAGCUCGAAUGGGCCAAGACCCAUCUCGAGCCAUUCGGCGUCCGACUGUACCAGAACUACGACGACAUGCUCAAGCACGAGGGCCUGGUGGCCGUGGUUGUCGCUUCGGCCACUGCCGUGCACGCCGAACAGGCACUCAAAGCGAUCGCAGCUGACAAGCAUGUCCUUUGCGAGAAGCCCAUUUCCACCAGUGUGGAAGUUUCCCAAUCUGUAAUCGACGCCGCAACCAAAAAGCCACACCUAAAAGUAAUGUGCGGCUUCUCAAGACGCUUCGACAAAUCCUACCGAGACGCCUACGCAAAGAUGCAAGCCGGCACAAUCGGCGUCCCCUCGGUCCUCCGCAGCCAAACCUGUGACAAACUAGACCCAAGCGGCUUCUUCGUCGCGUACGCCGAAUUCAGCGGCGGAAUCUUCGUCGACUGCUCAAUCCACGACAUAGACCUAGCCCUCUGGUUCUUCGGCAAAGAAAGCAAAAUCAAAUCUGUUUCGGCGGUAGGCAUAACAGCCGUCGAGCCCGAUCUGCGCAAACACAAUGACCGCGAUAACGCGGUUGGACUGGUUGAGUUCUAUGAUGGGCGCAUUGCGUUCUUUUAUGCUUCGCGCAUGAUGGCGGCCGGUCAGGAGGAUGUUACCGAGAUUAUUGGUACCAAGGGGAAGCUGGCGGUUAAUACGCAGCCGGCGCUGAAUCAUGUUAAUGUUUAUGAUGGCACUGGUAUUCGUCGCGAGAUUCCGCAGACUUAUUAUGAUCGCUUUGAGUAUGCUUUUGUUACGGAGGCUCAGGAGUUCUCGGCUGCUUGUUUGGAUGAUACUCCUGUUCCAGUUGAUUUGCUUUCUGCUGUUACUGCUGUUCGUAUUGGGGCUGCGUUGCAGGAGUCGCUUAUUACUCAGAAGAAGAUCUUCUUUGAUGAGAAAGGUGAGAGGUGUGAACUUGCUCGCUUGUAA